AUGACCUGCCAUUCCCUGACGGCCUUCUUAUCAAUGGCCAAGGCUGGAACGGCAAUAGAUUCACGGUGGAUCAAGCCACCUGCAGACUACUCCAUAGUUGUCUCCACACGCUUUACCACCCCUGUCCUCACCACCGCUGCCAUCCUCCACUACAGCAGCUCAAAUGGUGCUGCAAGUGUGCUGCCUCCCCCGGCGCCUACCGUUGAGAUCGAUUUCUCUCUCAACCAGGCUAGAUCCAUCCGAUGGAACCUGACAGCGAGUGGACCAAGGCCAAACCCUCAGGGUUCCUACCACUACGGUCUCGUCAACACCACAAGAACCAUCAGGCUCGCCAACUCGCGGGCAACCAUCAACGGCCAGCUGAGAUAUGCAGUGAACGGCAUCUCCUUCGUCCCGGCCGACACUCCUCUCAAGGUUGCUGAUUUCUACAGCAUCCCGGGAGUUUUCACGCUGGGCAGCAUGCCCGACAACCCGACGGGCGGCGGCGCGUACCUCCAGACGUCUGUGAUGGCGGCCAACAUGCGGGACUAUGUUGAGGUCGUCUUUAAAAACGCGGAGAACUUGGUGCAGUCGUGGCACAUCGACGGCUACGCGUUCUGGGUCGUCGGGUGCGUCUUCCUAGUUUGAAUA